GGCUGGUUCAUUCUGGCAGGUGGCUGCUCAGAGAGCCUCAACUCAGGUACAGACAGCCCAGCACCAGGUUCAGCAUUUAACGUACAAAAAGCCUCUGGAAGAUGCAUCAUAGACUAUAUACAUCUGUGAACCGCACUGAUGAAAUCACUGGGAAGGCUGAAAAGGAACCCCAGCCGAACAAAUACCGUUACGUACGUAAAGAAGGUAGCUGUAACGUCGUUUUCCGCCAUGUUCCUGAGGAGUGGCUACUCUUUGUGACUGACAUCUUUACCACCUUGGUGGAAAUCAGAUGGAGGGUGAUGUUCCUGAUCUUUGCACUCUCUUACAUUCUAUCCUGGCUCUUUUUUGGCAUCCUCUUCUGGGUCAUAGCUCUUGCUCAUGGAGACAUCAAGGAUCCUAACACUAAUCCCUGUGUGUUUGAGGUGCGCAGCUUCACAGCUGCUUUCCUCUUCUCGCUUGAAACUCAAACCACCAUUGGUUAUGGUUUCAGAGGAAUGUCUGAGAACUGCAUAAUCGCCAUCAUCACUGUCACCAUACAAGAUGUCAUGAGCUGCUUCAUUGACACGUUUGUCAUUGGGAUUGCUGUCGCCAAAAUGGCCUCAGCCAGAAAGAGAGCACAGACGGUGGGCUUCAGCAACCGUGCUGCCAUCAACCUUCGCAAUGGUCAUCUAUAUCUUUCCUGGAGAGUUGGGGACUUCCGCAGACACCAUAUGGUGGAGGGGACAGCUACUGCCCAGAUAGUCCGCACUAUGAUGCACACCACAGGGAAAGUUGAUGUGACUUAUGAAGACUUGGUCAUCCAGCAGAAGGACAUCAUCCUCGUCACACCAACCACCAUCUAUCACAAGAUUGAACCCGGCAGCCCCCUGUACAACAUGAGCUAUGCAGAUUUGAGGGAAGCAACCUUUGAACUGGUAGUGUCAUUUACCUACACGGACGACUCUACAGGUAUUCUGCAUCAGACCCGAACCUCUUACACUCCGGAAGAAAUCCUCUGGGGUCAGCUGUUCCAGGAGAUGAUCAGGGUUGGCAGGAAGAGCUACAGGGUGGAUUACAAUUUGUUCCAUCGCACUGAAAAGGUGCACAUCCCCCUGGUCAGCGCUAAGGAGUCUGAAGAGAAGAAGCAACUGCAUCUCGCACGACACUCGCCUCAGCAUUCACUCAGAUCUUCCCCACGGCUCUCUCCACAAUCACCACGUCAGAAUCAUCAUGAUAAACAUUUGAAACUCCCAACAGUAAAGGUGGAGCUUGUGAGUGACAGCCGACCUGAACCAACUGUUUCAUCAUCUCAAGCAGACAACAGUCGCGCUCAAGAAACUCUGGCUCAGCUGAAUGACCACACAAGUGAAGAAAAUUGAAAGCAAAGCUGUGAUAUUUCAUUUCUUCAAAGAAACCUGUUAUGGAAUUCAUGAUGGGACCAGGUUUGACCUGGUUCAAAAAUAAUUGUUUGAGAAAUAGAUGAAAAGUAUAAAAUACAGAUAAAUGUAUUAUAAAAUAUCACUUGAUAUUAGAAGAACAGGUGAACAUAACAGGUAUGGUCAUCCAGUUCUGAAGUUCUAACCUCUCAGGAGGUUAAUAAACCGUACGCUUUAUAUAGAGGCAACUGGGCUGCUCUUGUGGACCACUGUACAGUUAAAAUACCCAGCACCAUCAGCAGACAUGAUGGUGUUACUUUAAGAUUUAAGUUUGGCCUCUUGGUGUCACAAAAACUGUUCAUCACAAGUGAGUGGUGGUUCUUACUGAGAAAAAGAGGGAUAAUGGACCGAUAACCAUCCAGGGUGGAGUCCGCCCUUCACUCAGUGACAGCUGGGAUGGGCUCCCAUUUUAAACCGAUGACGUCAGAGUUCUUUCACCGUUUCUGUCCAAACACAGACACAACAAUACAGUGGAAAAACAAAACCCCUGUUUGGUCUAUUGUCAAGGUAACAUGAUAGUUCAGCACCUGAGCACCAGGUUUAAUACAGAGCAGCACUUUAAAUUAUAUGGAGUUUUGUUUUGUUUUUUUUUGUUUUUUUUGCCACUUAUCAAAUGGAUUUCUUGAAGCAAAAUCAGAGCCUGAAAAUGAUGUUUAGAGUGUACAGAGUCAGAACAUUUAUCUGAAAAACACCAGAGAUUGGAGCACAUACUCUAACUGUGCUGACUGAUUUGGGUUUAAGAGACUCCAUGAGAAUU